GCACAUAUUACAUGCGUGUCGCACACACACUCACGCACACAAAACAGAAGAGGGGAAAAGAUGGCAGCUGGGGAUUAGGCAAAGAAAAAAGUGCUUACAUUUUUCUGCGAUUUUCCCAGAAAAGGCGUCACCGGACAAAAAGCCCACAGGCAGCAGCAGCAAAAGCAGCCUCUUAUUGGGUUACAAAAGGUCCGCAUUUCAAGGCAACAUGGGAAGAACACCAAUAAAAGAGCAAAGGGAUGGUAAAAAAGAGAAACAAACAGCAGGGACGACACCAGAAGUAACCAAAGAGUCUUUUGCCUGGGAAGAAUAUCUCAAAGAAACGUCAUCGUCACCGGCGCCACAGAGUUGUUUUCGUCAGGCUCACAUCCCACCGUCCAACGACUUCAAUGUUGGCAUGAAGCUGGAGGCCCACGACCCCCGCAAUGCCACCUCGGUGUGUAUCGCCACCGUCAUGGGCCUGACGGGAGUGCGCCUGCGGCUGCGCCUGGACGGCAGCGACAACAGCAACGACUUCUGGAGGCUGGUGGACUCCUCCGACAUUCAGCCCAUCGGCACGUGCGAGAAGAAAGGAGACAUGCUGCAGCCGCCACUGGGAUUUCGCAUGAAUGCCUCCUCGUGGCCGAUGUUCCUACUGAAAACCUUGAACGGAGCGGAGAUGGCUCCGGCGACAGCCUUCAAGAAGGAGCCCCCAAGGUCCCCCCAGAACAGCUUCAAAGUGGGCACGAAGCUGGAAGCAGUGGACAAGAAGAAUCCGCAUCUCAUCUGCCCGGCCACCAUUGGCGAAGUGAUGGGCGACGAGGUCUUCGUCACGUUCGACGGCUGGAGAGGAGCCUUCGACUACUGGUGCAAGUACGACUCGCGGGACAUCUUUCCCGUGGGCUGGUGCUCGCUGACCAAGCACAGCCUGCAGGCCCCCGGCAAUAGCGUCACUCUCACGAAGAACCCGCCUGCCCUGACGUCGUCGCCUUCCAAGCCCAGCAGGCGCUCCCUACAGGCCCCCUACAGACUGCCCCACCCGCUGCCCAGGCUGCCCGUCAGGAAGGGGGUACGCGGUCGCCGGCCCAAGAGUGAGACCCUCGCUCUCCUCAAAGCCGCGGCCGAAGCCGCCGCCGCCCAGAAUGGCAACGGCGCCAUACAGGUCACACCUCGACCGCAUAAGAAGCGAGGCCCAAAACCCGGAAGCAAGCGAAAACCCAAGAUUCUCCAAAGCUUGUCACAUUCAGGUGCGCCCGCCAUCCGGGUUCAACGCGGCAGCCCCGCCAGCCUGCCCACUGUGGUAUCGACAGUUUGUGUGUACGUCAACAAACACGCAAACUGCGGCCCGCAUCUGGACCGCAAGCAGCUGCAGCAUCUGCCGGAUCACUUUGGACCGGCGCCUGUGAACUCCGUGCUCCAGCAGGUGGUCCAGUCCUGUUUAGACUGCGCGUACCAGCCCAAGGUGUUGCUCGACGCUCUGCAGACGCACUCGGGGAGCGGAAAGGUGGUCAGAGUUAGAACAGACGAGGGGGUCCGUGCGGUCAAGCUGCCUUCGGCCUCUAGCGCCGCCUUCGUGCUGCGCUUCCUGGAAACGGUGUGCCGUCACCUGCAGUGCGACAACCUGUUCAGCAGCCAGCCGUACAGCCACUACGCCGCUUCUUACGACAAGACCAAGGCAGUCAAAGAGGAGGCACUGGACUCGCCCUCGCUGGCCCGGUCGGGCAAGCGAGGCCUCGCCGGGGUUUCGCCCCCGUACGCCGCGCCGCUGUCGCCCAAACAUCUACGCACAGACGCCCACCCUUCGGAAGCCGAGACGCUUCCGCACGAAGAUAACGUCUUACUGAAGGAGCAGCGCUACAUGGGCUCCGCUUCCAACUCCAUGAUGCCUCGGACGCUUAUGGCACGCAGUCGUUCUGAGUAUUGCUCCUCGCCAUCCGGCGCCACCCCCAUGCCCCGUCGACUCUCCUCUAAUCCCGCAGAGUUGGUAUCAGCGCAGCUGCGGCGAGUCGAAGCCAGCUCAACCACUGGGCCAGAGAGCAGCGCCACGGAGAGGGAGGGCUGGCAGACGCCCGCGAGAAACCCAGCGUCAUGGUCCAUAGACGAGGUCAUGCAGUUUGUGAGAGACGCCGACCCUGCGACAUUGGCACCGCAUGUUGAAUUAUUCCGAAAACACGAAAUUGACGGCAAGGCACUGAUGCUGCUACGGAGUGACAUGAUCAUGAAGUACAUGGGCCUCAAGCUGGGGCCCGCCCUCAAACUGUGCCACCACAUCGAGAGGCUCAAGCAGGGCAAAGUGUGACCCACAACUUGAUCAUAGAGGACAGCAAGAAGACCCACUAGUGUGACCCACUACCUUCUCCAACUUUUGGAGAGUGAAGGUUUUCCCUCCAUAGUGUUCUUCUGACUUUCUAUUAUCCGGGAUGCACCACAGAGACUGAAGAAUGUUUCCCAACGCAUUUCGUUACACACUCACACCUCAUGUCGUUUAACGGCGUAUUAACAAGGAAUGGGCACCAUUGACAACGACAGUGAAGGGGAAAGGAACCAAGCCUUGCAAAUAGAGAAAAUCUGCAACUAACUGACACUCUUACCCGCACUUAUGUCACAUGCCAAUCAGUCAUUAGCGUUUGUUCGAGCAUUCAAAAGCGUAUAUAUUUUCAAGCCGAGCGAAAUUGUAAUCGUCAGUCCACCAUUACAAUUUCAAAUACCCCCCCCC